AUGAAUCCUCAAGGUCGAGUGAAGGAAGAGUUUCUUGGAGAAAGUUCUUCCUUUUGCGGUGGCUAUGAUCCACAGCCAAUAAUGAUUGUUCCUCAACCAAUUGAGGGGCUUCAUGAAACUGGUCCUCCACCAUUCCUCACAAAAACAUACGACAUCGUUGAUGACCCUUCCACUAACCAUAUAAUUUCCUGGAGCACGGGGAACAACAGCUUCAUCGUGUGGGAUCCACAGGCCUUUUCCAUAACCCUUCUGUCCAGAUUCUUCAAGCACAACAAUUUCUCCAGUUUUGUCAGACAACUCAACACCUAUGGGUUUAAAAAGGUGGAUCCAGAUAAGUGGGAAUUUGCUAAUGAGAUGUUUCUUAGAGGGCAAAGGAUUCUUUUGAAGAAAAUCAGAAGGAGGAAAACAAAUCAUCAAUCUCAAGCGAUGCAGCAAGGUGUGGAUCCUUGUGUUGAGGUGGGGCAGUUUGGAUUAGAUUGGGAAGUUGAUCGGUUGAGGCGCGACAGGCAAGUUCUUAUGGUGGAGUUGGUGAAACUCAGACAACAGCAACAGAAUACAAGAGUUCACAUCCAAGCAAUGGAAGGAAGGGUUAAAAGGACUGAACAGAAACAGCAACAAAUGAUGAAUUUCUUGGCCAGGGCUAUGCAGAAUCCCAACUUCAUGCAACAAUUAGUUCAGCAAAAGGAGUGGAGAAAGGAGCUUGAAGAAGCUUUUUCCAACAAGAGGAGGAGGCCUCUUGAUCAAGGGCCUAGUAAUGUUGUUGAAGUAGGAGAGUUAGGUUGUGCUGAAGAGUACUCAGGUUUCUUUCAACUUGAACCACAAGUAUACACUGACAAGGCAUUAGAGUUUGAGGUACCUGAUCUAGACCUUGCUGUGAAUCUGGAGGAGCAAAGUGGAAGCCAAAAGAGAAUGGAGGGAGAUUAUAUUCAACUUGAAAGUAUAGAUAAAGAUAUCGAUGAAUUAUUUUGGCAAGAUUUGCUCAAUGAAGGUAUUGAAGAUCAAGGUGUACUAGGUGUAGACGUAUUGGCUGAGCAACUUGGUUAUCUGGCCUCUAGUCCUAAAUAG